AACCUCAUUCAACGAGGAGGAGCAAGGGACGACAGCUCGUGCAAACAAAUGGUCUGUGCUAAGGAAAUCGUCAUAAAUUUGGAAAGCUAUAUUGCAGUUUUUUAAGAAAAACUCGACAUAUAGCGAGCAAGGUGUUUAAGUACGAUACUUUUAAUCAAAAACUUUAAGCGGGUGUUGACCUUUCACCUUCUUUCUGAUAGUACCGUUGCGUGUUUGUUAGCUAGGCUAGCUAAGCUAUCUGCAACAUGAGUUAUGGUAGGCCCCCGCCCGAUGUUGAGGGCAUGACUUCUCUUAAAGUGGAUAAUCUGACGUACCGAACCUCACCUGAGACCCUUCGCCGUGUCUUCGAAAAGUAUGGUAGGGUAGGAGAUGUUUACAUCCCCCGAGAUCGUUAUACGAAAGAGAGCAGAGGGUUCUCCUUUGUGCGAUUCCAUGACAAGCGGGACGCAGAGGAUGCGAUGGACGCAAUGGAUGGUGCGGUGCUCGAUGGGCGCGAGCUGAGAGUCCAGAUGGCCCGCUAUGGUCGUCCCCCAGAUUCUCACCAUGGAGGUGGUGGUGACCGUGGAGAGCGUGGUGACCGUCGGCGUGGAGGUGCUCCCCGGAGGUACGGGGGUGAUGGCCGACGAAGUAGGAGUCCCAGGCGUCGGAGACGUAGCAGAUCCCGGAGCAGAAGCCGAUCUCGUUCCCGCAGCCGUUCCCGCAACAGCAGAUCAAGGUCCCGUUCCUACUCUCGCUCCAAGUCCCGCUCCCCUAAGAGAGACAAGGCAAAGUCCCCAUCCAGGUCCCGCUCCAGAUCCAAAUCCAAGACCCCUAAAUCAAAGUCCCGUUCCAGGAGCCACACCCCUGCAGAAAGAGGCUCAAGGUCAAGAUCCAAGAGCCAGCCCAAGUCACCUGGGGAGAAUGGAGCUGAAACCCCAUAGAUGAGUGACAAAAUGAUUAGACACCAAUGAGGACUUCAGACUGAGGACCCUGUACAUACAAUGAUUUCUGGUGUAAAAGGUUAUUAUUGUAUCUUGAUCUGAAGGCUUUUUUUGUUUGCCCAGACUAGGCUUGUCUUUCAUUGUGCAAUGUUUAAAAAAUAAAUAAAAAUACUUAAUGUGCUUUUGAGGUAGAUGGGCUAAUACUGCUGGGAUUUCAAUUUGUUGGAUUGCAUGGCUAUUUUCAGUAUCUAAAACUGUCAUAGUGAAGAUUUGCUGACCUAGCUUUUACAACUGUUAUUUUGGGUUUCAUGAAGAGAACUGUAAAGGAAGUUAUGGGGUUAGUGAAAGGCCAUUACAGAAGUUUUAAAUGGAUAGGGCUUCCAAAAGCUUUUCCAAUAAGUAUGGAAAGAACCAGGCACAGAUUUACUUGCAAGUGAACUUUGCUAUGUAGGUUUAUCUUUCAUUAAUUUAAUUGUGACUCUAAUCUUCUCUCCUGUAUUUUUUGUGCACUAGGCGCAGUUGUGUAGCAGUUGAGUAUUUGCUGGUUAGCUGUUAAGGUGGCGUGUUGCAGUGCUUGGCUGUUUCCAGUGUUCUCCGGAAUGCCCCUGUGGCUACAAUGCUGUGAUGGUGGCCAACUUAAAUGGCUGCUACAAAUUCACCAUCGGUAGAAUGCCUGUCUUUCAACACAAGUUUUAAAUGUUCUCUAAUUUGGAGCAGUAUGGUAUGCUAUUUUUUUUUGUUGCAUUCUGUCUUGCCCUUUUGUGCAUUCCUUUUCCCCCUUGCAAGAGUCUGUAUAGGUGUCCAAUGUGAAAGCUAAUAAAAAUUGUCUUCUAAAAUGUU